UGCAGGGGGUGUCUCGCAGCUCUACCCUGGGGACAGUUUGAGAAAGGUUCCCGUGCAACAUACUAUGUUACUGAAACGACAAAGGGAAACAGAAGGUAAUGCUCGCAGAUCAACGGCGGGGAAAACGAGUGAACUAGGCUUAAAUCCUGUUAAGUCGAUUGGAGCGCGUGUGGUUUUCAGAGUGUGAGGCGCUCAGCCUUGUUCUUGUGCUCUGCUGCUGGUGAUUCAGGGGAGUACGGAGCGCUGUUCACCUCAAAAGCCAAGAGUAACGGCGGAACAUCACUACUUGAGUGCUUGAGGCGACAGCAGUCUGGGUUCUGGAUGGUUGGAAGCUAGCCGGCUCGCCUCACCGGAGGAAGAUCUCAGAGAAGCUUGAGAGCCGGGAGCGCUUGGUCCGGAGCCAGCGGGCGGAGGCAGAAGCGGAAGAGACUGAGAUGAAAAUGGGGGCUCGGGUCCUGGUGCUUCUCUCAGAAGGAUGGAGUCUGCGACCGUGGCAGGGCAGAUGCCGGAUCUGAAGAGUGCACCAUGUGACCUCUCCGUGCCCGCCCCUCCCGCCAACCGCAGCAUGGACCUGGAGCGCCGCCAUGUGGCCGAGCUCCCCGCCCCUCUGUCCGUCCUGGGCGGCGCCCUGCCGCUCUACCCCGACUCCGGCCACCAGGGGGCCUCGGUGAGCGCCUACCACAACGGCGCCCUGCUGGCCAACCUGGGCCUGCACCUGCACCCGCUGAAGCACGGGCCCCCCCACGCUCCUCCCGCCCCGGGCCCCCCCGCGCCCCUGUGCCUGAACACGGCCAGCGGCCGUCUCUACCGCAGCAUGGAGAACCUGCACUGGGCGGCCGUGCCUGACCCCGGCCUCUACGCCUUCAGCGCCCCCUACGGGAGCGUGGACAGCGAGUUCAUCUUCCGCUGCACUGCCACCAGCCGCUGGUACGAGGGCGGGGCCGAGGGCCUGGCCUUCUGCCCUCCACGGGCGUCCACCAGGAGGGACCUGCCCCUCCUGCCCCAGUGGCUGUUCCCCGGGGGGAGCGAGGCCGUGCUGAACGGGGGGGCCAGGAAGGGCCUGCGGGAGAAGCUCCGGCUCCAGAGCGUCCGGGUGACGGAGCCCAACAAGCCCCUGCGGCCCCCGGCCCCGGCCCACUGCCCCUCCAACGGGAGGCCUGCCGGCCGCAUCACCAGCCCCGAGGAGAUCAAGCAGGAGGCGCUGCGGAGGCUGCAGCUGCGCCGGCAGAACAGCUCCCCCGACCUCACGCUCCGCCCCUCCGACGAGACCCGGCCCGCCAAGUCCCUCACCGCCGAGGCCCUGGCCCCGCCCGCCCACCGCCGCCCCCCCGCGGGGCGGCUGCACAUCCCCACAUUCGAGGAGUUCAAGAAGAUGAGAAAGAAGGAGAGUGGGCAGGAGGGGGGGUGCCAGAACCAGCAAUCCUGUGAAACAAAGAGGGACCAAACUGGGGGUGAAGGUGGGGGUAACAGUACAGUUGGGGUGGGCAGGGGUAACAGUGUGGUUGGACAGAGUGAGGGUAGCAGUGUGGUUGGACAGAGUCGGGGUAACCGUGUGGUUGGACAGAGAGCGGAUGACACUGGGGUUGCAGCGGAUGAGGAACAGGCAGGCAGGACUGAGAGCACUGACUCAGACUGCGGUCAGAGCUUCAGCACCGCAGAGUGGUCUGACUGCAACAGCGACAGCGGGAAGGAGGGCCAGUGUCAGGACGGGUGCACAGACGCCUCAGCCGUCCCCAUCUGCACGAGCCCCACACCUCGGCCCCCUCUGCAGCCCCUGGCCUCUCCCCAGGAGGCGGAGGAGGGCGGCAUCGCCUCAAACACGAAAGACGACACGUCGGCCCUCACCCUCCCGCUCCUGCGGGAGAGUCCCCAUGCCCCGCCCACCUGCUGUCCAGCCCUCCUAUUGGACGGCACCGACCUCUCCAGCUACGGAGCCAAGAUCUCCAAGAUGAAGGACGGGUUCCUGGGGUCUGCUCUGGACCUGAUAAAGAAGAGCUGCAGUGCAGAAAUCGCCGCCGAGGCCCCCGUCAGGUUGGCACGUGACCAGGAUGGCGCUGACAUCACCCCUCCCCAGCCCGGCCGUCAAUCCACUGCGGUUUCCAUGACGAUGCCGGCCUGCACCGCGGAGGAUCACAACAAGCCUUCUGCCGGAGGAGGCGAGCCCGCCGAGCGCCAAUCCAGCCCAGGCUGCAGGCGUUCCAGCUCCGACGCAGCCUACGAGCCAGCCGAUUCGGCCAAGACGCAGCGCGAGCGCCGGCUCCGCCCACACUUCAGCGAUCCCAUGCCGGCCGACAACGCCAAGCGCAAGCAGCUGGAGAUGAAGAUCGCAGCCGUGGCCCGACUGCACAGCCAGCACAGGGACCGGGACGGCUCCAGGGGGCGCCCUGAGCCGGGCGGGGGGGACGUGGGCGCGGGCCUGGCGGCCACCUGGGGGUCGCAUCACCGCUGGAGCAACGUGAGCAGCCUGAGCGCGGACAGCGGCGUGAUGGGCCUGAGCGACGAGCGGGACGAGCGGGAGGACGAGGAGGAGCCGCCCCACGCCCGUCGGACCGCCGACGUGGAGCGGGCCGACAGCGGCAUCGGCCCGGGCCUGGCCCGCGGCUGGAAGAGGCCCUCGGCCUCCCUCAGGGCCCGGGAGGCCCAGCGGCCCUGCCCGGACUGCGGGCAGCGGGACGUGGGCGGGAUGUGCGAACGCUGCCUGAAGCAGAGAACGGAGCGGAAGGAGGCCGUGCUGGAGUUCCUGAACACGGAGAGCAGCUACGGCGAGGACCUGCGCAUCAUCAGGCAGGAGUUCCUCUGCCCCAUGCAGAGCGCCGGACUGCUCACGCCCGAGCAGCUGGCCGUCAUCUUUGGCAACGUGCAGGAGCUCAUCGACGUCAACGACAAGUUCACCGAACACCUGCAGGACAGCAUCGAGCAGGCCUUCGACCAGGGCGAUGAGGACCUCCAGACUGUGGGCAUUGGGGAGAUCUUCCUGGAGUUUGCCAACAUGCUGCCAGCUUUCCAGACCUACUGCCUUCAGCAGUCUGCUGCAGUCAACAUGCUCAACACGCUGGAGAAGGAGAAGGAGCUCCUGAGGAUCUUUCUGGACGUCUCCCAAAACGACAACACCCUCCUGCGGCGCAUGAACCUACGCUCGUUCCUGAUGGCACCUCUGCAGCGGGUGACCAAGUACCCCCUGCUCCUGAGCCGCAUCAGCAAGGCCACCGCCGAGUCCCACCCGGACCACGCCCGUCUGCAGGAGGCCAAGAGCCAGGUGGAGUCCCACCUGGAACACGUCAACACCAGGACCAAGCAGGAGGGAGCCACCUGGUCGCUGCGCUCCUUCAGGAGAGACAGCCGCAGGAGCCGCGAGGUUGCCAACAUGGAGAUGCGGGAGCUGUGCAUGAGGACGGUGGGCUGGGCGAGGGAGAGCACGCGCUUUGUCAUGGAGGGGCCCCUGCAGAUCUCGCAGCCAGCCGAUGGCCAGUGGGUGAAGAAGGGCAGCAAGGCGCUCAAGUUCCAGAACCUGCAGAGUCUGCUGAUGGUGCAGGUGCAGGGGGCCUCUGAGGGGCCCCCGGACGGCGGUGGGCCGAGGGGGCAGGAGGCCCCCCCGGAGCCGGUCCGGGACGGCGUGCUGGUGCUCAUCAAGGACAAGAGCAGCGGCAAGUUUUCGGUCCUGAGGGAGCCCAUCCGUCUGGGCAACUGCGUGGUGUCGUCCGACCCCGAGUGUGACGACACGUUCGAGGUGCUGGACAUCCGCCGUGAAGCUUUCGUCCUCCGUGCAGCCGACAAAUCCCGCACCCAGCAGUGGUUUCGCCAGAUCAAGAGGUAUUCCCGAGACCUGGGGCCCUGGAGGAAGAGGCGCAAUGCUCUCCCAAACAUCAUGAUCAGCACAGCUCAGAACCGGUCCUGAGACUGGCUCUUGAGGAACCCCUAAUUCCUCCCCGUCUGAACAGGUGUAAAUAGUGCUCUUGCGCUCCUCCUAAUAAACUGGACCCUUGUGUCCUAUUGCGAGUAUUACAUUAUGUGAACUGCAGAUCCUCUUUGUGUGGCAGGUGGAUGACUUUGAGGACUUAAUGCACUUUGGUUUGGUAUGAAAUACAAACAAACUGUGAUCUCAGUGACAUCACAGACCAAAAGGACUGGGUUGGGAACUUUACCGGCCGCUGAUUGUAAAAACUGUUCGCUACUAAAGAAGUGUUUCGGUUCUUAAAGACCAGAUUUCUGUGUUGAUGAGCAUGAUUGAAAAUUCUUGAGAGUAAGAAAAAGAAAAAAAAGAAUGAAUUUCACAACAAUGGAAAAAAUGCACAAAUGCAGAGUGUAGAUACCUUCGUGAAGUUUAUGAGGACUGUAACUCCUUUUUCAUUGUCUGACCAAGGUUAGCCCACUGCCCUUCUAUUUUUGCCCCCCUCUUCAGCAGCACUAAAGUUCUCUUUCACAGAGAACAGAAGGAAAUGUCAGGUGGACUCUAGAGUUCAGCUUCUUUUUAUCACAAUUCUAAGCUGGUUUCAAAGCAGCAAUAAUCACUGGUAGUUUAAUGUGGCUCCUGCUGUGCUUGUCAGGGCAGGUUUUAUAAUGUAGCGCUAAAGGAAUCAAGUGGUCUGUUCUGGUGUCAUUAAUAUCGACAUUAAUCAUGGUGACCAAGUUGAGCUUAAAUGUGGUAAGUUCACUUGUGAGAAUUCCUUUGGAACAUCAAUAUUUAUAUGAAAGCAGAGGGGGGUUUGGUCCUUAACACUGAUCCAGCUUCACUGCAAGUCCAGUGUCUAACUACCUGGAUAAGUACACAGAGUCAGAUUGGUCGGGUGGGUUUCAUCACAGUAGGAGGGUUAGAGUUUAGGGUUAGACAUUUUCCAGAAGUUUCACUGGACAGUGAACCGUACAGUGACAAGGAUGGAACGUUCUCCUCUUCAAAGUCUUCCUCUGUCACUGUGAGUGCCUUGGGAUUUUAUUUUUUCUCUUCAAAGAACAGACAGACCCAUCCACCGUCCUCAAGCUCUCAGUCUUUAGACCAUUGAGUAAUGGCUGCAGGCCGUCCUGUGAUUGAAUGUCCGGGUUGGUAGUUCAAUAAAUAUUAACGGGCAAUAUUUCAUAUUGUGUGUCAGGCUGCUAAAAAAUUGUCUCUUCUACUGAUGUUUGUGUAACUCUUCAACUGUCCUGGUUUAUGGUCUUUUUUAUUUCAAGUUCCUAGAGUUUCCUGUGUGUUUGAAGCACUUUAAAGCAAAGUUAUCAAGCUCUUUACAAAGUGGAACUGUUUUGAAGACUCACUCCAGUUGAAGUUGCCCUGCCCUAACUUGGUAAUUGAUUGAAAAAAUGUACUAUUAAUUUGUAAUUUGCAUGUCAACCACUCCCGGGUCCAUGAUACAUUCCGAUAGCUACCUCUCCCAUCCCACCCGGUCUACAAAAAGGCUUCCCACUUCAUUUGCCAAUGAGCUUUCAGCUGCCCAGUUUUGAGGAAUUCUUAAUCUGGCAACCAUAACUGUGACCCCUAACGCCAACCUGCCCUGUCCAGUUAUUCUGCUUUUUCUAUAAAAAAUGGAAAUGGUAUUCAGGACUAUGAAGUGGCUGCCUUUAUAUUUUGCUCUAUUCUGAUUUGAGCCUCAUGAACCAGCAUAGAACCCAUGUGGGCUGUUAUUUCCUUCUAAAUGUCAGCAUUUUCGCCAUGAGGAAGAUCAGCCACCAGUCAGGACUAGUUGUGAAGUCACAUGACCUCUAAAGCCCCAUUUGGUUGUUUUCAUGACCUUUAUCAAACAAAACAAAAUCACUGGAGUGGGUCUUUAAAGACAAUUCUUUCCAAUUCAACUUCAGUGUUCAGUUUGUGAAAGCUUUAGCUGUCGCUGCCCUUUUCCUUUAGAAUUAACGGUGCUAUGAGAAUAGCUAUUCCAGCUAGUGAUCAUUAUCAAGCCAGGCAAUAUUUAAUGACCAAGCAAAGCACUGCUGCCCUCCCUGUGGAAGCAGGUUCUCAUACAAGCACAGGGAAACAGCCAGCUUUAAACAAGGAAAUCACUGUGUCUGUUUUUAUGGCUGUGUCAAGGUUAUGGAAUAAAGGUCUCUGUAUGUUUUACUGAGUGUAGCACCUCCUGCUGGAUUUAGCCAGUACUGUUAGAAUUCCUUCAGCUUCAUGUGGAGUCUGGGGUAAUAGAAUACAGGAAAUUGUUGUUGCUUUUUCCACAGAACCCAGAGAAGCCCUCCCAGUUAAAUAGUACAUAGAAAUAAAAGGACUGUUAAUACACAUGGAUACACAUCAAUACUUCCUGGAUUCAUUGGUUUCUAGGAAGUGCACCUUGAUGGUUACCAAAUUACCACUGGCUUUGUUCUAUUUGUUGUUCUAUUUGUUGUUACCAACAAUAACAACAACAUGAUUAGCGGAGAGCUACUUUGUGGUUUCUGUGCAAAAAGUGACAUCAACAUCCAUAUUUGAUUACUCCCGAUUACUCUAACAAGAUAUUGUGGGAAUUUCUGGAAAGAUGUCAUCUGAAAGGACCCUUCAAAUUCAAACCACCAGACUGUCAAACCUUUUUUUCUGUAUUCUAAAAGAUAUGGGUUCUUAUUUAUUUUAUUUCUGCAAGAUGUUAAAUAUGUAUAAAAAUGAAAAUGUAAAGAAUGAAUCUUGUCAGAGUUCAUGCCAAUUCAGUCCACUGUGAAAGUUCUUGCUCGAUUGGUCUGGCCCUGAACAAUGUCCUUGGGGAAGGUCACUCAACAUACCCAUCUCAAAAUGUGUGUGGUUGUUGCCGUAGUUAACACGGGCUUUAUUUGCAACUGUACUCUAUCAAAGAAUGUAGGGAGUAUAUUGAAUAUGAAUUUGCCAAAUACUUUAUGAAAAACAGGAUUUUUUAUUUUAUUACUGUCAUUGGCAUUAGGAAUCAUUCCGUAGUUCAAUAGGUUUAACAAUAUUUAUUUUGUAGUUUCAUUCACACAACUGGUCAUGAUACACUAGUCCAAACCACAAGUACACAUCUUAUUGCUGACAACAAAGAUAAAUAUGAUGCACUAAAGAAACCAUUACAUCAUUUUCCGUUAUACUACAUAGAACAUUGGUCAUGUCUAAAGCCCUUUGUUUCUGAAAAUUGCACAGAGAUGAAAAAAAGACUUAAUUGUUUUGUACGAGGAAGAAAUGGCUUUAUCAGCAAUUUGUUUAGAAACUGACAGUUUGUGUUCCUUUGAAAGGAACAAGAACCCGAAACGCUGCACAGAUACAAGUCUGUGUAAAGCAAAAGGAUAAUUGAUGGAACUCACACUGGCACAGAACCUAAAGUAAUAAACAGCAUUUCUGACCGCU